CACCUCACUCCCAUACACACUCAUCUAUUCAACUGCUUAGCAAUUAGCAUUCUUGAUUUCAAAACACACCAAGAUUCAAUUCAUCCAAAUGUCUACAACAACUCUAUCCCCUUCUUGUUCCUUCAAACCCCACAUCAUCGAUCGUAGCUCUAAUCCAAGAACAUCUUUUUUCGGCAAACCCACAUCGUAUAGCCCGAGAUCAUGGACGUUGAGACCUCAAAGGCGACGCGUGUUGAAGGUGGUGAGCGAGAAGGUGGUGGGAAUCGAUCUGGGUACGACGAAUUCGGCGGUGGCUGCUAUGGAAGGAGGGCAACCGACAAUAAUUACGAACGCCGAGGGGCAGAGGACGACGCCGUCGGUAGUAGCGUACAGUAAGAAUGGAGAUAGGUUAGUAGGUCAGAUUGCGAAACGGCAGGCGGUGGUUAAUCCGGAGAACACGUUCUUCUCUGUGAAGAGGUUUAUUGGGAGGAAGAUGAUGGAGGUCGAUGAAGAAUCGAAGCAGGUUUCUUACAAAGUGAUCAGAGACGAUAAUGGAAAUGUCAAAUUAGAUUGCCCUGCUAUUGGUAAACAAUUCGCCCCUGAAGAAAUUUCUGCACAGGUGCUGCGGAAGCUAGUGGAUGACGCAUCGAAGUUUUUGAGUGAUAAAGUUACGAAAGCAGUGGUAACAGUGCCAGCAUAUUUCAACGAUUCCCAAAGAACUGCGACCAAAGAUGCCGGACGAAUUGCAGGUAUUGAGGUUCUUCGCAUUAUCAAUGAGCCAACUGCUGCUUCAUUGGCUUAUGGUUUUGAGAAGAAAAACAACGAAACAAUUCUAGUCUUUGAUCUUGGUGGUGGAACGUUUGAUGUUUCAGUGCUUGAGGUUGGUGAUGGUGUUUUUGAGGUACUUUCAACCUCAGGAGACACCCAUUUGGGAGGAGAUGAUUUUGACAAGAGAAUUGUUGAUUGGCUUGCUGAAACUUUCAAGAGGGAUGAAGGUAUAGAUCUUCUUAAAGAUAAACAAGCACUUCAACGUCUCACAGAAACUGCUGAGAAAGCAAAGAUGGAGUUAUCCACUUUGACCCAAACUAAUAUCAGUUUACCUUUUAUUACAGCAACAUCAGAUGGCCCAAAACAUAUUGAUACUACACUAACAAGGGCAAAGUUUGAGGAGUUGUGCUCAGAUUUAUUAGACAGGCUAAAGACGCCUGUUGAAACAGCUUUAAAAGAUGCAAACCUCUCUCUGAAAGAUCUUGAUGAAGUGGUUCUUGUUGGUGGAUCAACACGUAUCCCUGCUGUUCAAGAGCUUGUUAAAAAGAUGACAUCUAAAGAACCAAAUGUCACAGUCAAUCCAGAUGAAGUUGUUGCUCUUGGAGCUUCGGUUCAGGCUGGUGUUUUGUCUGGUGAUGUGAGCAAUAUUGUGUUAUUAGACGUGACACCAUUGUCGCUGGGUUUAGAAACCCUAGGAGGUGUGAUGACGAAGAUCAUUCCAAGAAACACAACACUUCCAACCUCCAAAUCAGAAGUAUUUUCGACAGCAGCUGAUGGUCAAACGAGUGUUGAAAUCAAUGUUCUUCAAGGGGAAAGAGAAUUCGUACGUGAUAACAAAUCUCUUGGAAGCUUUCGAUUGGAUGGAAUCCCUCCAGCUCCACGUGGAGUCCCUCAAAUCGAGGUCAAAUUUGAUAUCGACGCCAAUGGUAUCCUUUCAGUCACAGCCAUUGACAAAGGAACAGGAAAGAAACAGGACAUUACUAUCACUGGUGCUAGCACAUUGCCUUCCGAUGAGGUGGAGAGGAUGGUGGCAGAAGCUGAGAAGUAUGCGAAGGAGGAUAAGGAGAAGAGGGAAGCCAUUGAUACAAAGAACCAAGCUGAAUCGGCUGUGUAUCAGUGUGAAAAACAGCUGAAGGAAGUGGGAGAGAAGGUACCUGAUGAAGUGAAAGAGAAGGUGGAGGCGAAGUUGAAAGAGCUUAAAGAUGCGAUAUCUGGUGGGACAACUCAGAGCAUGAAGGAUGCCAUGGCUGCGUUGAAUCAAGAAAUGAUGCAGGUUGGUCAGGCUAUUUACAGCCAAGGUGGUGGUGGUGGUGCUGCUGCUGCUGCGAGUGGUGGUGAAGGUGGUGAAGCUGGUAAGGGGUCUGGUUCUGGUGGAGAUGGUGAUGGUGAGGUUAUUGAUGCUGAUUUUAGUGAUAGCCAAUGAGAUUGCAUAGCAUAUUAGGUGGAAUAUGUGUGUAAAGAUGUAUAGGUGAUUUGUAGAUUGUUUUGUUGUUUUGGUUACACUGAUUUAAUCGCAAAACUGUAGUUUGCUAAUAUGAUUUUGUUGCGAGGAAAGGAAUCUAGAUUUGAAUUGAAACACAG